AAGGGGCCAAAAUGAUAACCCCCCACCCCCAGCCCACGGGUUCCGGCCUGAACUGAACAGGAGACUUCCAGGCGCCAGCUCAGAUUCAGGAGGCAAAGUCUUGGAGGCCAGUAUGGGUCAGGUGACCCAUAUCCUUACAAUGUCCCUCUCUUCCAAGAACAUGCAGACCGUAUGCAGUAUUCCAAGUGGGUUCCACAAAUCCAGAAAGCCCUCCACAAUAUCCAACCACACCUCUCUCUCUCAGGAAUCGGGGGAUUGUCUCUUUUUUGUGGGAGACGGUAGGGGGAGGCUCUAGGGAUCGAACCCAGGGCCCAACACGUGCCAGGUCAUGCCCUGUCACUGAGUCCCAGCCCCAGGGUUCUUUUUGAAAUUACAUUUAUUGAGGGUAUGACAAGGUAGCUGAGUGGCUAAUGUGACAGACUUCCAAUUAUUAUAUUUAUGUGUGUGUGUGUUUGUGUGUGUGCACCAUGUAUACAUGCAGGGCUCAGAAGACAACCUUCAAGAAGCGGCUCUCUCCCUUUAUUCAGAGGACUGAACACGGGUCAUCAGUCUUGGUGACAAGCUCCAUUACAGGAUGGGCCAGCUUUCCAGCUAUCCUGGAACUUGCUUUAUAGACCAGGCUGGCCAUGGUGGUAUAAACCUCUAAGAUCUGGACACCCUCAGCUACACAGAGCAUUCUGGGGAUAGCCAGAGCUACGUGAAACCCUGUGUUUGACUAAAACCAUAACAAAGCCUUUUCAUUUUCAGAUAAAAAUCUUGCUAAGUUGCCCAGCAGUUCCCGGACUCACUCUGAAUUCUUGAUCCUCCUGCCUCAGCCUUCUGAAAGAGCUUGAGGUUACAGCCCUGUCCAGUUUGUGGGUGACUUCUCAAAGUGGGGCUCCCCUGAGGUUUGACCUGACAGGGAAUGUCACCGGCCAUUACCCUUCCAGGCCUGCCACCCCACCCCCUCUGUGGCUCUGUUGGCCAGGACUUUGGCCUAGGACGGAGGAGCUGCCUGAUAUGAAGGAGGGGGCCUCAGAGCUAUAAAGCCGGCCAGCCCACUGGAGUUAGCGAGGACAGUCCCUUCCUGCCCAUAACAUUCAGGUCCCAGACAACAUGGGGUCUCGGUUCUUCCUGGCUCUAUUCUUGGUCCUCCUGGUGUUGGGAAACGAGGUCCAGGGGACCCAGGAAGAUGAUCCAAGCAGCCCAGCUCUGCUGGACACGAUGCAGGAGUCCUUCUUCAGUUACUGGAGCUCUGCCAGGGCGGCUGCCGAAGGCCUCUACCAGAAGACAUACCUGACCAGCGUGGAUGAGAAACUCAGGGACAUGUACAGCAAAAGCUCGGCGGCCAUGAGCACUUACGCGGGCAUUUUCACGGACCAGCUCCUUACUCUCCUCAAAGGAGAGUAGUUGCUACGCAAGCCCCAAGUUAGGGGAAAGGAAAACCGGACACCCCGCCUCUGCUCUCAUCACCUGACCAGGAUGGUUCUACAUCGCCCGGUCUCAGCAGCUCCCGUUUUCCCACUCCCAACUCUAGACCAAAUUCUUUCAGUGAAAGAAUAAAUGAGUCCAGGUUCA